AUGGCGAGAUUUGUGAAGUCAUUAUACAACAAACACUUGUUGGAAGUUGGAAUGGAAGGAUUUUAUGGUGAUUCAAUUCCUAAAAGAAAAUUAGUUAAUCCUGGUUAUCAAGUUGGAACAGAUUUCAUUAGUAACCAUUUUAUCAAUGAAAUUGAUUUUGCUACAAUCCAUGCAUACACUGAUCAAUGUGAUGAAGCACAAUUGGUGUGGAUGGAAAAGUGGAUAAGAAGUCAUUGGGAAGAUGCAAGAAAUAUAUUGAAGAAACCUUUAGUGCUUGCUGAAUUUGGAAAGUCUAGUAGAUCAGGUGAAGGAUCAAGAGAUAUAUUUAUGAGUAGUGUGUACAGAAAUGUGUAUAAUUUGGCAAAAGAAGGUGGAACAAUGGGAGGAAGUUUAGUAUGGCAACUAAUGGCACAUGGAAUGGAGAAUUAUGAUGAUGGUUAUUCUAUUGUUUUGGGACUAAAUCCUUCAACUACACAAAUUAUCUCAAACCAAGCUCAUAUCAUGACUGCUUUGGCUCAUUCUCUCAAUUCAUGA